GUGACGGAGGACUCCAAGAGGGCACGUUCCCCUUGGACGGCAUGCAGAACCAGGAAAUCGGCACGAUGGAGGCGCAGCCGACGACGGCGAGGUACAAGGGAGUGCGAUUGAGGAAGUGGGGCAAAUGGGUGGCCGAAGUGCGAUUCCCCAACAGCCGCCAGCGGCUGUGGCUCGGCUCCUACCCGACGCCCGAGAUGGCUGCGCGAGCCUACGACGCUGCCGUGUACUGCCUGCGCGGCCCCGGCGCGGAGUUCAACUUCCCGAGCCACCCACCCAGCAUACCGUCGGCCGACAAGCUGAGCCGGUACGAGAUACGUGAGGCGGCCGAGCGGCACGCGCGCGAAGGGCCGCAGCGGGAGGAGGCAGAGGAAGCUGGCGAGCAAGUGGCGGAUCCUGGUGCGGGAAGCUCUGGUUUAGGGGCGCCGUCGGGGCAGCCGGCCGAGCCGUCAUCAUCAGUGCCGGUUUUCGACGACGCCACAGCGAGCGGUGGGGAAUGGUUCGAUGGUUUCUGGUGUGACGCCGGGGGCGGCAUCGACGAUGACGAUAUCUAUCGAUCGUCUCCUCUUUGGAACUUCCAUCAGUAGAACGAAUGCCACUGUUCAUCGAACACCCCGUAAAUUCGUACUCGAGGCGCUUUCUUCGCGCUUAUACUCGUAGACGCCCCAGCCUUACUAUGCGAGCCAUGUCCUGGUUGACUUGUGUCAAAUUGGAUAUGGUCGUUGACUAUUUGCUUUACGUUGUAGAUUCUUCGAUCAGAUACAUAAUCCGCACUUACAACGCUUCCUUCUCACUCA